AUGGAAAUUAAAGAGGAAGAUGAAUCGGAUUUAAGAGACUAUGAUCGCGAUGACUCUUCGCCUACAAAGUCGAACACAAGGAAGAAACAACAUGAAUGCUCCCACUGUUUCAAAACCUUUGCCUCACCUUCCGCUCUUGCAAUUCAUCAACGAACACACACUGGAGAAAAGCCCCAUCAAUGUUCUCAGUGUGGAAAGACUUUUAGUCAUAUGGGUAAUCUCAAGACACACCUGAUGAUCCAUACUAGAGAAAAGCCAUAUCAUUGUACUACAUGUGGGAAGGGUUUCAAAAGUAGCAGUGAAAUUAGAAGUCACCAGACGACACAUACUGGGGAAAAGCCCUUUCAGUGUUCUCAGUGUGGAAAGUCUUUUAGUAGAAUGGGUAGUCUCAAGACACACCAGAUAAUUCACACUGGGGAAAAGCCACAUCAUUGCUCUCAGUGUGGAAAGGCCUUUACUCGAAUUGGUGAUCUCAAGACACACCAGAGGAUCCACAGUGGGGAAAAGCCACAUCAUUGUACUCAGUGUGGAAAGACUUUUAGUCAAAUGGGUAGUCUCAAGACACACCAGAGAAUUCACACUGGGGAAAAUCCAUAUCAGUGUACUACAUGUGGAAAAGGUUUCAAAAGUAGCAGUCCACUUACAAUCCACCAGAUGAUACAUACUGGAGAAAAGCCACAUCAGUGUUCUCAGUGUGGAAAGGCCUUUACUCAAAUUGGUGAUCUCAAGACACACCAGAGGAUCCACACUGGGGAAAAGCCACAUCAUUGUACUCAGUGUGGAAAGACUUUUAGUCAAAUGGGUAGUCUCAAGACACACCAGAGAAUUCACACCGGAGAAAAGCCACAUCAGUGUUCUCAGUGUGGGAAGGGAUUCAGAUGGAGCUCAGAUAUCACGUUGGGUCAUGACAGCAUUCUCAAGAAGGACCCAGCUCCUCACUCGGGUCAUGACAGCAUUCUCAAGAAGGACCCAGCUCCUGACUCGGGGAAUGACCGCAUUCUCAAGAAGAACCCAGCUCCUGACUCGGGUCAUGACAGCAUUCUCAAGAGGGACCCAGCUCCUGACUCGGGUCAUGACAGCAUUCUCAAGAAGGACCCAGCUCCUGACUCGGGUCAUGACAGCAUUCUCAAGAGGGACCCAGCUCCUGACUCGGGUCAUGACAGCAUUCUCAAGAGGGAACCAGCUCCUGACUCGGGUCAUGACAGCAUUCUCAAGAAGGACCCAGCUCCUGACUCGGGUCAUGACAGCAUUCUCAAGAAGGACCCAGCUCCUGACUCGGGUCAUGACAGCAUUCUCAAGAAGGACCCAGCUCCUGACUCGGGUCAUGACAGCAUUCUCAAGAGGGACCCAGCUCCUGACAGCAUUCUCAAGAAGGACCCAGCUCCUGACUCGGGUCAUGACAGCAUUCUCAAGAGGGACCCAGCUCCUGACUCGGGUCAUGACAGCAUUCUCAAGAAGGACCCAGCUCCUGACUCGGGUCAUGACAGCAUUCUCAAGAAGGACCCAGCUCCUGACUCGGGUCAUGACAGCAUUCUCAAGAGGGACCCAGCUCCUGACUGCAAAUCGACUUGCAUUGACACCUGCUAA